AUGAUCAGCCAGUGCAGCAAAUUGCAAGAACAGCGACGCGUAGCUACGCUGGUCUCGGUAGCAGUUGUCAACGUGGAUAUGGAAGACGACGGUGACGAAGAAGAUAAAUUGGGAAAGUCGAAAAAACAGGCAGAGGCUUUAGCUGAGAGUGCUUGCCGAAGCGCGGCAGAAAACAGUGGGGUCAGAUCAGCCAGCGAUACGUCUGGUCCCGUCACACUCGUCGCAAGUAGAGGUGGUUCAGCGGGACCGCCAGAGUCUCGGUCUAGACAAGGCGGGACCGCUAUUCAAUUUAAACUGAAGUCUGGGCCAGUUGCAGUUACGACGAGCAAAGGCUUGCCCUGUAGAAGGCAGCGAGGAAUCAGUCCUAGAUUUGCUUCUCUGUCACUCCCAGAAGGCACAACCGGCACUACCCUACAAAGUGAACAGCAAGAUGUCAGCACUGCUCGUGAGGAAGAGAACAUUACUAGCAGUUCAUACAGCCAGCAACAGAAGAGUGCCUUACGGAAGCUAGAUGAAGUGCUAACGACGCCAACACAACCACGAAGUCAGUCCGCAACAGGUUCCGCAUUUGGUUCAGGAACAGUCGGAAAAAAAGUCGCCGAAGUUAUCGUCAGCCCAAAGGCAGGCGCAGUGCUAGACGAAGUAAUAGAAGUAGAGGAAGAGCCAGAUCAAAAAGUUCGAAAAGAUUGGCGUCAGCGUUUAGUCGAAAAUCAUAUCGUGGGAAAUCGCGCAGGAGAAGGUUUGUAA